AUGGUGUGCCAGGACUGCGAAAAGAAGCUCAGCAAGGUCAUCGUGCCCGACAAGUGGAAGGACGGCGCGCGGAACGUGACGGGCGGCGACGACGGCGGCCGGGCGACGACGUACCGCAACUCGCUGCUCCAGGUGCGCGGCCGCACGCAGCGGUUCACGGCGGGCGUGCGGGGCUGCAAGAUCUGCAAGUCCAAGGUCGCCCAGGACGCGCACUACUGCCAGGAGUGCGCGCACCACCACGGCAUCUGCGCGCGCUGCGGGAAGAAGGUCGACGAUUUGCGC